UAUUACAGACAAAAAAAGAGAUCCCUGCCUCCAUCGUUGGUCACGAACUCGUGCUAGUGAUCAGCUAUUCGUUUGAUCCACAUGAAUCUUCCUGCCAAAUAAAAAGAACGGAAGAACUGAGACACAGCAGUUAGGGAUACAUAGAUAGCUGGCUAGGAGUAGCAGGCCAUGGCAGGAGGGAGGAAAGAUAGUCUGCGAUUUGCGUCUAGGGGGGACGGUGUCGGUGGGAAGAUGAAAGGACUCGCCGAGAUCAACGAACAGCACGAGCAAAGAUGUGAGGACCUGCACGCAGCUGCAAGUUGGGGCGAUUCAGUCCAACGGAAGCGUAGAGCCGGCAGGAAUUACUUCUGCUCGGAUGGGCAUGUACAAGGCCGAACUGGUGAAGAUGGAAGCUGCUUUGGCAGAUGCCAAGCAAGGGAUGCCAAGUGACGCGUGGAAGCAGAAGACGAAGAAGACUAUCGCGACGACCACAUUCAACCCCGCGCACCUGAAGGACGCGCUUAGCCGUUUGGACAAAAAUAUGCUGGCUUUGAUCAGUGGGAUCCAGGUAGGGACUCUGAUGGAGGCACCGUCAUGGGGGCAAAUAGACAGAGCAUUCGGCAUGUUGCUGCUUUAUUGUCUUAACACGUCAGGAAAUGAAAGUAGAUCUAGGCGAUGGUAUAAAGUUCGAUGUAGAUGAAGACAUGAUUAGGAGGAUGGGGUGCUUCAAGAAAGGCAAUAAGCUGAUAGAGGUCAAGAAGGGGGUUGACCGAAAAGGCCAACUAGAACUCCAUGCACUACUGGGCACUGGUGCAACCUCAGGGAGCAUAACCAUCAACCAAUUGGUCAAGGUCUUAGAAGAUGCAACACCUGAUGACUUGGGCACUGAUGAGGGGAAGAAGAAACUAAAGGUGGCUUACACGAUGCUUGCUUUCUGUUCUUUCCUGGCACCGAAAAAUGAAUCAAGCAUAGUUGCAACAGAGAUAAUGGACUUGGCUAGCGACAUUGAUUCAAUCGACGAGUACGACUUCGUACCUUACAUACUUGAAACUAUUCGACGUGGUGCUCUAAAAGUUCAGCAAGGGUUAAAGAACCCUCCUCGAAAGCUAGAUGUCGAUGGUUGCCUUGUGUUCUUGCAGAUUGCUUUCCUAGAUCAUGUGUACCAUGGUGAGAUCCUUGUGGAGAAGCAGAAAACACCGAGAAUUAAGUACUAUAGCAAGUCGAAGCUAAAAGUCGGAUUGCGGGAGCAUGCCAAGAAGCACGUUAAAUACCCUUUCAAGGAUGGAUUUGUGGAUGAGGCUGCUGACUUCAUGAUGUCAUCAAAAACAGGUGAUGAAUCUGGUGAAGGGGCUGGUGGGAGUGUAAUAGAUUUGCUGAACUCCACUGGUGUGAGGUUCAAUGAACAACAAAUUGCAGUGUUGUCAAAGAUCUUCAGUAACUCUUUGGAGGCUAAGGAGACUAAAUUCAAGGCGAUGCAGGGGGCAGAGCAGUUUGGCUAUCUAGGGUUCUGUCAAGAAAUGGACAAGCUAAAGGCUCGCAAGUACGUGGAGAUGAUACAACGCCUCGAGCGUCACGUUCUGAUCUCUCGUAGGGAGCUGGUAGACAAUUGCAUGAUGCAGGUAAAGAGACUGAAAGUGGAUGAAGUCGGUGAAACACCGUCUCAGACGGAGAGAGUGCUAGUCGGCGUGCCAGUCCUGGAUGGGAUGCUGAUGGGUGGGCGUGUCUUGCCAGUGACUCAGGCUAUUGAUUCCACCCCUGUGGUAUAUGAGACGUUAACACAGGCGGUGCGGGCUGAAGGGGAUUCAGUUGCCGGUGAUGGUAUAGAGGCCAUGCUAGGACAGAAACCAGCGUCAGAUUCUGCAGGUGAAAAAUUGAUUGCAGAAUUCAUGCAUGAUGGUACUGGUCCACAUGCUGGCAUGUUCCCAAACGUUGUUGACUUAUCCUCCCUUGUAGUGCCUGGGCUUUAUAUUGUAGGUGGUGGUUGUUGUUUGAACAAAGGUUCACCAAGAUUUGAUUCACCUGUAAGGUUUGACGAAACGCCAAUAUGUGCAGCUGGCGGAAAAAGGAAUAGGAUCACUGCGAAAGCAGGGAACACAUGUGCUCCGUUGGGUUCAGCAGAAUGUGAAGCUGCAAAGGCAAUAAUGGAUAUGUCAAAGAGUGUAAGUAAAAUAAACUCCCGUGAACCCGGGGAAUCUCCAUUUGAGCUAGGAAUGUGUCAGCAGCAACCAAGCAUUAGGGCAGCAAAACAAAUUCCGGUCCAUACUAAUGGCAGCGUCUGAAACUGAACUGCAAAGGAUAUGGUUCAAACACCUCGUUCCUGCUGAUUUGGAACUAAUUGGUCAUGCCUUGAAAAUGAUGUUCGGGGGUGACGGGUGUUGGGGGAACGAAGAAAUGGACGCGGCUACACGCUUGUUCGCAGAGAUGGAUGCAGAGAUGAUGGCUGGCAUAGAUGCCCCUAGAUGGAGGCAUUUGGUGUCUCCGUUUUUUCGGCGAAUAUGUCGGUUAUGAGGGACGUUGACAGUACGAAUGGGUAUAUAGAAAUGUUCAAAGGGUGCAAGUACCAGUAUGACAUCAACGGAUGCAGGAUGAUAAUGUGUCCAGUGCAACUGGAUUCAGCAAGGUGCCUCUACGUGUUCAACCAGGUUAAGAAAAUGUUGUCGGUACUUGAUCCUAUAUACACAGAUAAAUCGUCAGAUAGAUAUAGAAUGAAGCACCACAGCACAAUUUCAAGGCUGUCUAUUGUGUUGAAAAAUGUGGAAAAGUUGUUAGGAAAUUCCUGGGUAAUUGAUCCUAAAGCUUGGCAGAUAAAGUUCAACAGUAAAAUGCAUCCUCGGUGCCAGAACAGGUGAUGCGUACUAAUUAAACCUCAUGCCUGCUUUUUAUUUCUAUUAUCUUGUGCACGUGUUGAUCUGUGUGGCGAAAAUAUGGUGAGGAUGUUGACUGGGAGCUAUGUAAUAUACUACGCAAGGGAAUUUGAUGGGGAAGGGAUUGCGCAUGUGCCCACAGAGGUUGAAUUGCAGGAAAUCAACGCAUCAACCGUGAAUGGAAUAGAUGGCAUGAAGGGCAACCUGGCUACCAAUCCAAGUUUCGCUCCAUACUGAUGUGGAGUGGAAGUUCUACGCAUAAUCAAACACUGUACUGUGAGACCUAAGUGAUAUUUAAUACCUAUCGUUCGAUUAGAUUAACAACUGCUUACUAGAAGGACAUGGCAUGUUAGCUCUGUUUUUUCAAUGAAUGAUCAGUGAUGUGUGGUACGACUAAA